AUGUCUUCUGCCCGGGCUGCGAUCCAGCAGGUCGCCGCAAAGGCUUCUUCGCCCAGUAGCGUCUUGGCCACCUCUGCUAUCCGCUCAUCCGCAUCGUCUUCUGCACUUGCUUCGUCGCGCUCGUAUCAGCGUCGUAGCUUUGCCAGCACAUCGAAGGCCACUCUGCCACUCGCCACCCAACGUAGACAGUUCAGCACCUCGACACCGGCCCGACAGGCUGUUCCUGCCGAUGAGGUCGAUGAGCCUUUCGACCUCGCCAAGGUAGAACGGGUGGCAGACGAGGUAGACGUCGUCAUAGUCGGUGGUGGUCCAGCUGGUCUCAGCGCAGCCAUCAAGAUCAAACAAUUGGCCGAUGCAAAGGGUGAAGAGAUCAGAGUCGUCGUCCUCGAAAAGGGUGGCGAAGUCGGAAAUCACAUCCUCUCGGGAGCUGUGAUUCAGGUGAAUGCUCUUGAUGAGCUGCUACCCGAUUGGAAGGAGAUGGGUGCUCCUUUGAACCAAGUCGCAAGAGAGGACCACAUGCGGUUCCUCACCCCCACUGGGUCCUUCCCGAUGCCUCACCCCCCGCAAAUGACCAACAAGGGCAACUACAUCGUCUCCCUCUCGCGAGUCACGGCCUGGCUCGGUGAGCAGGCAGAGGCCAUCGGCGUUGAGAUCUACCCUGGUUUCGCCGCUGCAGAGGUCAUCUGGAACGACGACAAGACGGGUAUCAAGGGUGUGGUGACCAAUGAGAUUGGUCUCAACAAGAAGAUUCAGCCCAAAGACUCUUUCGAGCCAGGCAUGGAGUUCCACGCCCCCAUCACUCUCUUUGCAGAGGGAGCUCACGGCUCGCUGUCGCAGAGCGUCAUCAAGGAGCUCGGUCUCAGGGAAGCUGUUGGAGCCGACCCGCAGACGUACGGUCUGGGCAUCAAGGAGGUGUGGAAGGUGAAGCCCGAGAAGCAUCAGCCAGGUAUGAUUACUCAUACCUUGGGCUGGCCGCUUGACUACAAGACGUACGGUGGAUCGUGGCUGUACCACAUGGAGGAUAACAUGGUCUCCAUUGGUCUAGUCGUCGGUCUCGACUACCAGAACCCUUACCUCUCUCCUUUCCGGGAGUUCCAGAGGAUGAAGCAUCACCCCUUCUUCAAGGACCUCCUCGAGGGUGGCGAGUGCAUUGCGUAUGGCGCUCGAGCUCUGAACGAGGGCGGCUACCAGUCUAUCCCCAAGCUCAACUUCCCUGGAGGUGCAUUGAUCGGUUGUUCGGCUGGUUUCCUCAAUGUGCCCAAAAUCAAGGGUACACACAAUGCCAUGAAGUCGGGCAUGGUCGCUGCUGAGAGCGCCUGGGACGCUCUGCAGAAGCGCAAGGAGUCUGGCUCUGAAGAGGUCGUUGAUCUCACCGACUACCGUGAGCGACUGGACCAGACUUAUGUCAUCCAAGAGCUCAAGGAGGUUCGCAACCUACGUCCCUCUUUCCACAACCCGCUCGGUCUGUGGGGCGGUCUGAUGUACUCUGGUAUUGACUCUCUGCUGCUCAAGGGUCGAGUCCCUUUUACCUUCCACCAUGCAGGCGAGGACUAUGCGCAGACGAAGAAGGCUUCAGAGUGCAAGCCAAUCGACUACCCAAAGCCCGACGGCAAGAUCUCCUUUGACAUUCUCACAUCCGUCUCGCGUACCGGUACCAACCAUACCGAGGAUCAGCCUGUGCAUCUGGUGGUCAAGGAGGGCGACUACAAAGGCCACGUGGAGCGUAACGUAGGAGGCUAUGACGGUCUACUUGCGCGUGCCUGCCCAGCAGCAGUGUACGAGUACUUGGACAAGGAGGAUGCCAAUGGAGAGGAGCAUGCGCUGGGCAAGAAGUUCCAGAUCAACAGUCAGAAUUGCAUUCAUUGCAAGACUUGCUCGAUCAAGGUGCCGGAUCAGAGCAUUCGAUGGACCACGCCAGAGGGUGGAGGAGGACCCAAGUACGCUCUGACAUAG